GAGGUUGAAAGAAAAGAAGUUGAGUAGGACAAACAGUACAGCUUGUCCGACCUCUUUGAAGUCAUCUGUUUCGUGUUGGUGCCGCCUUGGCGACGAAUCCCUGCAGCUUCUCCUCAUUUGCUGCAUUGAAUUGAUUUGAUUGACACGGCCUGAACGCGACAGCUUUUGACUAGGUUGCUACCCUCGGUUACUGCUUUGCUACAGUAACUGACUUCCUAAGCCCCCUUUCAACCUUUCCCCUCUUUCCCCCCCCUCUUCUCUUUCAUUCGCUCAAUCAAAAAAAAUGGCCGACACGGAAGAUGCGGGCACCACGUCCGUCUCCGAACCUUUGGAUCUGGUGCGCCUCUCCCUCGAUGAAAUCGUCUUUGUCAAGCUCCGCGGUGAUCGCGAGCUGAAGGGUCGUCUCCAUGCAUACGACAGCCAUUGCAACUUGGUGAUGGGAGAUGUGGAGGAGACCAUCUACGUGGUUGAGGAGGAUGAGAAUGAGGAAGAAAUAAUCCGAACAAUCAAGAGACAGGAGGAAAUGCUCUUUGUGCGAGGAGACUCCGUCGUUUUAAUAUCCCCCCAAGCCUGAUAAGAUUCGAUCGGAUGGACAAAGUGGAUGAUGGACUCGUCGAAAGGGAACACCGAUCUCGAAGGAGACUAUUGACUCUCCUACAUACGGGAGCACAAGGAAGGGAACUAUGAAACCGGGCGAUGGCCUCAGAGUGGUGGACUAUAGUCUUAUUCCGGUUCCUGGGUCUUUAAGUGUGUCAUCGACGAAGACUACUAGUAUGGUAUGGCACUUGUUAAACAGACGUCAUGUGCGAAGAAAUUAGAGCCUAAACAUCAGAUGAUGACUCCUACAUGGCAUGCGACCUGAGUCAUAUCUUCUAUAGGCGACUCAAUU